CCCAUAUUUUCCGGUCCCCCAGCCUGAAUGUUUCAAAUCGCCCAUCCUCUCCUCAUCGAAUGAACCGAAGUAGUAGUAUCAAGCUGUGAGGGUCGAGUCUAUCCGGCUUCAUAAACACACAACACGAAUAGCGGUGCUUUGGUCGAAGUGAGACCGGUUAUCUGUUCAUCAGAGUCAGGCUCUCAUAGAGCUCCGAAUCGGAGAGUGAAUGAGGUUGAUGCUGCUCUGUUGUGACUGGAAGGACGAACGUAUGGGAGAGGAGGAAGCUGGCAGAAGCUUGCCCGUGUGUGCGGGAUGCAGACAGCGGAUCUAUGAUGAACAGUAUCUCCAGGCACUCAACACUGACUGGCACACAGUAUGCUUCAGAUGCUGUGAAUGCAGUGCCUCCCUGUCCCACUGGUACUAUGAGAAGGAGGGCCGGCUCUUCUGCAAGAAGGAUUACUGGGCCAAGUUCGGAGAGCUGUGCCAUGGAUGCAAUGACCCCAUCACCACUGGACUGAUCAUGGUCGCAGGGGAACAGAAGUACCACCCAGAAUGCUUUACCUGUCGGAACUGCAGAGCCUUCAUUGGAGACGGAGACACCUACGCACUAGUGGAGAGGUCCAAACUAUACUGUGGCCUCUGUUACUACCGGACCAUCGUGACGCCGGUGUCCCUGCCAGACUCACCAUGCGCCAGGAUUCCCCACACAGUGACCCUGGUGUCCAUCCCGGCCUCCACAGACGGGCGGAGAGGGAUCUCAGUCGCCAUCAACCAGCCUGUCAGCCCCAACGGCUACGGCCCCGAACGCACUGUCAGGGUAUCACAGGUGGACUCUGAGUUGAUCAGUCCAGAUGUAAAGAACUCCAUACAUGUCGGAGACCGGAUCUUGGAGAUCAACGGAACACCCAUCGGGAAUGUUCCUCUCGAUGAGAUUGACCUGCUCAUCCAGGAGACCAGUCGUCUGCUCCAGCUGACCAUAGAGCACGACCCCCACGACCAGGGGGGUUUAGAGGGUGAGACAGUGGGCGGACCCUUGACCACCCCCCUGUCUGACGGUCCAAGCCUCAUCCUCCCCAUCACUCAGCCCCCACACCCAGAUGUCAACAACCUGCGCUCACGCAUGAUCACGCGGAGCUACAGUAUUGAUAAGUCUCCGUGCUCCAGUAACGCAGCGUCCCCUCUUUCUCAGAGGAAGGACUUUAACCGCUCCGAGUCACUGCGGGUCGUCUCCAACAGUCGAAUGCACCGGAUCUUCCGGCCCUCAGACCUCAUCCAUGGAGAGGUGCUCGGAAAAGGCUGCUUUGGACAGGCCAUCAAGGUGACCCACAGAGAGACAGGGGAGGUGAUGGUGAUGAAGGAGCUGAUUCGUUUUGAUGACGAGACACAGAGGACAUUCCUAAAAGAGGUGAAGGUGAUGCGUUGUCUGGAGCACCCCAACGUGCUGAAGUUCAUCGGUGUCCUCUACAAAGACAAGAGACUCAACUUCAUCGCAGAGUACAUCAAAGGAGGAACCCUGAGGGAGAUCAUCAAGAAAAUGGACACCAACUACCCGUGGAACCAGAGAGUGAGCUUUGCUAAAGACAUCGCUGCAGGGAUGUCAUAUCUGCAUUCCAUGAACAUAAUCCACCGCGACCUGAACUCAUUCAACUGUCUUGUCAGAGAGAAUAACAGUGUGGUGGUGGCAGACUUUGGGCUGGCUCGGCUGAUGGUGGAAGACAAGAUCCAGGACAAGAGUCUCCUGCAGAAGAAACCUGACCGCAGGAAGAGAUACACUGUAGUGGGCAACCCCUACUGGAUGGCCCCGGAGAUGAUCCACGGGAAAAGCUAUGAUGAAAAGGUGGACAUCUUUUCCUUCGGGAUCAUGCUUUGUGAGAUCAUCGGUAGGGUGAAUGCAGACCCAGACUACUUGCCCAGGGCCCAUGACUUUGGGCUGAAUGUGACAGGCUUCUUAGAGCACUUCUGUCCUCCAGACUGCCCCCCUGCCUUCUUCCCUAUGGCUGCCCUCUGCUGUGACCUGGAUGCUGAGAAACGCCCUGCCUUCACCAAGCUGGAGGAGUGGCUGGAGAACCUGAAGAUGCACCUGGAGAUCCGCCUGCCGGUGGUGUCCGAGCUCGACACGCUACACAAAGCAUUCUGGGGAAACCACACCGCCCCCACCAUGGCUUGCACCGCCAUGCGGUCCGAGAACGGCCUGCCCCCACACCCCGAGACUCCGGAGUAGAUGGGAUCUGUAACAGAGUGGAAUGCUGCUGGUCUCAGCCCAUGACAGUGGGCAGAGAGAGGGGGUUAUGGUGGUCAUUGAGGAGGGUAGUAGAGCCUCUGGCAGUGGAGUAGUUGCAUUGCAUUGUCCAGGGAGGGGUGAGGCAGGAGCUCUGUUCGUACCUCCUCAUGCCACAGCAGUCACAGUGGUCAUAUAGGCUAGUGGGCUGCCGAUGGGCUGUAUAGACUCAGUGGGAACCGAGGAAGGGAAAAGCCAGCCUUGCCUAAAGGCACUCACUCAUUCAACUCCAACCAAGAGAGACUCACUCAGACUUCCAUUACCACUACCAUAGCUUCAGUCUCAUGAUUGCUGUACCUUAGCUGAAUGUCAGGCUGGUAACUGCUAGCUAGCAGUAUCAGUCAAUCCCAGCUGUGAAAUCAUCCAUCUUAACACUCAUGUCAUCUUUAUCUUAUUGAGAUGGUGUUCAAGCAUAUUCAGAUGUCUCUUAAAAAAAAAAGAUGCUUCAGCCUCAUUGGUAGGGGUCCCUCCUCCAGAGUAUUUGUACAAUAUCAUGUGUUUGAAAAGUAUUCCUCUGUGUGACUUUGAUUUAAUUUGAUGAUAUCAAAACCACUUUUUGAAAUGCUAAAGGAAGGGGCCUUUUAUGUGGAUAAUACGAAACACAUAAGUUGAGACGCACACACACACAAUCCAGAUGUACAAUAUAAUCGAGUAAAGGCUUUUGAGCAUAAACGAAAAGCUUUUUAAACACUGCAUGACUGUAAAUAGCCUUGUCUGUUGUCUCCUCCUCUCCCCUCUACUGGUGACAGUUGUGUCCCAAAUGGCAUCCUGUUCCCUUUAUAGUGCACUGCUUAAGACCAGUUCCUAAAGUGUAUUACCAAAGUAGUGCACUAUAGGGUGCAUGUGGGAUGCAUUCUUAAUGUGAUGCCCCUGGUAGUGUAGAACAUAUGGUCCAUGAAUGACUGUUCCUUCUCUCACUGUGCAGCACUGACUUGACUUUGAGGUAAACUUCUUUCAUACCUUUGGUACAUUUUUCCAUUUCAUAUGAGUUUAUUACUCUCUUUUUCCUUCUCAUUCACGUCGAGGUGAAAUCUUAUGUAUUCAAACUCAACCCACCCAAUGUAUAUAGCCGGUGAUAAUAUCAUAUUGUAAAUGUUUUAAAUAUUCUAAAUGUACAGACAUAUUUUGUAUACUUAUAAUGUAUGCUACAUUGCCAUAUUUUUAUUGGCUACCUGUUGAAAUGAAGGAGAAUAAGAAAAGUUAGGCAGUGGUAGCUGAUAUGGAGCAGAUAACUUUUGACAGGGAUGAUGACUUCCUCUCUCGGGUUGCCAUGGUGACAGACAGUGGUAGGGGCCUUUUAGGAAGUUCAUGUGACGUAAGAGAGCAUCUUAGGGUCCUAGCUCACUCCUACUGACCAUCACUGAAAGUGUAAGCACUCUCACAAGAUGUGUCCCAUUUACUCCUGUCGUCUCCUCUGUGCAUAUCAACUUAUUUUGUUUACAGCAGCCUUUGAUCUGGUCUAGACUCCAGAGAGUGCCCUGACUAUGACCUUGGAUAUAACUACUUCGUGGGUAUCACCUCAAUUAACUGCAAUCAUAACAACAGAAUCAACACAGUCACAAAAUUAAGGUUAUGUAGUUUGGCAUUAUAAGCCAAGCCACAUUUACCGUUUAUUCCUCUCAAAAGAAAUUGAGGAAAAUUUGUUAGUUGUUACUAUAGAGCUCUUUAGUCAUCCAUAGCAGGGUGGAUGUGUUGUGGAAGUUGGAGACAGCCAGACAGUCACAUCAUAGUGUCUGUCUGACCACAAGCCUCUCUGUCCUACAGUACAUGGAGACAAACUUAGUCACAACACAAGUCUCCUCUACAUGGAAACUCCCUAUGGGAGGCCCUUUGUUUACAUACAAACUGCUGGCUGUAAAUAAUAUCUAUAUUGUAUGUCUGUCAUUAUGCAUCUCAUACUACACUCUCUUGAAAAUAAUCUCUUUCACUGUAUGUGAAUCUUUCUCUUGAACACAUUGUCACUCUCAUUCUCUCACGCGUGUUCUUUUUCCAUCAAACAUUUUCUCUAUUCCCUCUUUUCCACUUGAAGAUGAGCUGCAUGGUGUACUUGCUAUUGCGAUCACUUCUGCUGUAAAACCAAGUUAUUCUUUUCAUUUUAAAGCUAAAAUUGUGAUUGAAAGGAAAAGAGGAAAGAAAGAAAGAGUCAGGAAAGAGUGUACAAACAGAGACAGGAAAAAAGACGAAAGAAAUUUAAAAAAAACACAGCAUCUCUUUUUAUAUAUAAUGACAGAAAUUUUUUUGUAUAGAUUUGAGUACUUUGAUUUGCACUUUAAAUUUUGGGUUACUUGAGAUAAAGAACUAAAAUGAUGGUUGAUAAUAUGAAUGCAAGUCACUGAUGGAGCCUUUCAAUUAAAUUGUAAACGUGUCCUGGGAAAUUCUUCCUUCUAUGUAGCAAACCAGUUAGGUGGCCAUUCUGAUGCCUGCAGGUAUUGAUUAUUAGAUAACUCUAAUGUCAUAGCAUGUCUGUGUCUAACUUGGUUCUCAUUUCAGACAUAUCCUCAACUUUAAAAACAUGGAACAUGCAACAUUGAGGGGUUCAAAAGAGAUGCCUCACAGGCCUACCUUCUAAUUGUCCAAACUAUUCAGACUUGUUAUUUUAAAUUCUUCUAGUUGGCUACAGAAAGGAUGAGAUAACCAUGGUCUGUCUGCUGCCUAUAGACUGAUCCUUUGUGAAUUAAGUUGUGUCUUCUUGACUGUUUCACCUUACUGUGAUGUCCAGAGAGGGUUAAACCACUGUUAGUCUGUCAUCAAAAGAGAGCACUUGUACGGUGCCUUUUUCACAUUAUUGUGCCGACCCGAACAGUAUUGAGCUGGCUAGAUAUCUUCCUUUCCAAAACGAUUCCAGAAACUAGGGUGGAUGUGAAACAAGGCCAGUGUAGUACACAUCUGUUUGGCUUGUCAUGGAAUCGGCUCAGUUGUGUGAAAAGGGUAUACUUACUGGCCUAUUCAAUCACCAAAAUCACAGUAGUACAAUAAGCCUCCAAUGAGCAUGCAGUCCUCUACCUACCUGUCAAUGUAUAAAUCAGUACAGAAAAUAUCUCUCUCUUAUGCACAUCUUCUGCUAAUGUGUUUAUCAAUGGGCAUGUAUGGGAAUUCAAUUGAAGUAUGUAUGGGACUUUGCCAUGUUUGUAAAUAUGUAUCACCAUGUAUGUCAAAGCCACAUUGUCAAGCAUGUGUAUGGAUGUAUGGAUGAGAAUGUGUCAGCAGCACUUCUUUGCAAAGGAUCCUUACCGCUGAACAAUAUGCUGUGCCUUUGUUUUAAACCUUUGUUUUAAAGCUAGCCUUGCCAACGACUCGACUCGUGUUUGUUUGAACGGAUUUUUAAAAUUCAAGCCUGAUGAUAAUGAAUGGAUUUAACAUCCUUGCUGAUAUUUUGUUUUAUGAGAUUUCCUCUUGUUCUAUAUCAUAUUUAUAUUUUCCUUAUUUCUCCAUUUUUGAUAUCUUAGGGAUUAUGGUUCAUUUUAUUUUCCUUUUAUUUAAAAAACAAAAACAAGCUGUGAACUUUUCUGCACUUUAAUCCUGAAAGUGAACAUUGAGAACCACAGGAGACCACUGUAUUUCAUCACAGCUGGAAUAAACAUGUUGCUCCUUUAAUGAAACUGA